AUGAAGUCGUCACGGCGAGAGGCGACGGGCAAAUGCUUAAUUCCAGCUGGCCACUCCCGGCGCGCGCUGGCACUCCUGCGGCGGAAAAGGUGCCUCAGGCCGCACAAUCGGCAGCUGCAGCGAUGCGAGAUGCGGCCUCCUCGGAAGCUUCUACAAGCUGGUGCCGCGAGCUCCGACAAGGGCAUCGCCGGCGCGGCGGCCCUGAACGGGGUGGGGGCCGAGAAGGGGCCUAAAGGGCCGCCCCAGGGAUCCUAUCUCUGGUAUUGCCGCCCGUGUUGGGAUGAUUGGCUCGUUCGCUACAAGCAGUGGUUUGCGGCGGAAGACGACGAGGAGUGGCUGGCCAAUGCUGAAUCGUCUGAGGUGUCUACCAGCUCGAGCUCGUUCGGAGGCUCGAAAGCUUCGAGACCGCGCAGCUUGACUUCGACAGGUGAGGACCUGCUGCACUUUGACUUCAUUGAGGUCGGUACGUGCAAUUACCACACCUUCACUCAGUUUGUCGGUGGCCAUCCGGACGGCAAGCCAAGCGCUUAUAGGUACCUCCCAUACAGCGAUGAUCCUCGUCAACUUCGCGGGCUGGCGGUGGACAUGAAAAGCAGGUAUCUGGACCAGCUGCCGGAUCUGCCGAAUGUGCAGAAGGUACGAGCAGCUCUCACAGAGCAUGAAGAAGUUCUGCAAAUGUACCACGUGCGUGUCAAGGACAUCGAGCACUGGGAACGCGUUUUUGCGACACAAGGCGCUCCGGACUCGCUGAUCGACAACAGCCCGGGCCAUUCAGGCCAGUCAGAGGCUGAGGGGCCUGCGACCGACGUGGCGCCACCCCCGCCACCUUUCGAUUCAUGGGGUCGGGCAUUCAAUGGCGUCAUGGCUGGACAGCGGAGGAGAAGAGGUACUGGUGCGCCACUGGAGACCGUACUCGGAACCAUCCGCUGCGCAGUGUUCGGCUGUAACUGCGACGACUGA